AUUGUAUAUAAUCCGUCUAUCAUUUUUUUUUGACAUUUUCCAUUCCGUGCACCGUAUUUUUUUUUUGUUUAAAAAAAGUUCAGUUCAACAAAACCCGUGUAGUGUUUCCAAGUCGCAGCAGAGUCUCAGCCAAGCCGGCAGCAGCAGUUCCAGCUCUAGUUCCUGUCUCGAUAGCACUUCCUCGCAGCUGCUGAAGACCACCAAACUGCUGGCCAAUUUGGACUGGUGCACGGAUGGGGUAGGUAAACAUCAGGAGGAUGCUGGCGGCGGGAGCAGUGGAAGCGGAAGCAGCACCACCGUGAUCGGGGAUGACAAUGGAAAUUUCGGCAGUGUCGUUCGGGGUAUCGGUAGCGUGGAGAAUGUGUCGUUCAAGGAAUUCGUGCCGAUCACAUUUAGUUACACACCCCCGCAGGGUAGCAAUAAAUCCAUUGCGAAUAGCAGCAGUGCCGGCACCGCCCGCGACCAACAACUCCAGCAAACACCUUCACCUGAUUGCAUCUUCUAGUCAAGCCUCUGGUGGGCAGUGCUAAUGACGGCAGUUUGAACAUGAACGGUGGCGGCGGUCUCGGUGGCCACACCGUGGUGCUAUCGGAUCUGGACUCGAGCGACGAUAAUCAUCUGAGCUUCAGCAAAAAUGGAACCGAAAUAUUCGACUACGAUUGUGAUUACGAUAAUGAAGAGGAGUUCAACUAUCUGGCCCGCGCUGCAGCUGCCGUAGCCGCAUCGACCAGUGUCACAAGCUCUUGCACUCCCGGUGGUACAAAUGCGGCUGGUUCCGCUGCAGUUCCGUCGUCUGGUUUAAACGUGCCGUCCAAUACUAGCAGCAAUAGCAAUAGCAGCAGCAAAAAUCGCGUUUCGUUCGAUGCCAACAUAAGUGAUUUCCUGCGAGUUCCUCCUAUUGGAGACUUCGAUAUGGAUGGAAACGGCCUGCUGAAAACCCGAAGGUCCAACAGUCUUACCAUGACGGCGAGCAGUGCAUGCGGACUUUCGGUUGGCGAGCUGCAUCGGCAAAAGCAUAACGAAUAUUUAUCAGAGGAAAAUCUAACUAACCUGCAGCUUCUGCGGAAUAAACCGAGGAGUUUCUCCUAAACCAUGGACAGUCCUCGUCCUCGUCGUUAACAUCCAGCGGGUCGGAAACAAGGCUCGACGAUUUUAAGCAGCAUCAGAUGAUAAAAAUGUACGGAUCUCCCAAUAUUGGCAUGUCGAGCAUAGCUCACUGGAGGAAGAGUUUGCAGCUGCACAAGUACGUAUGGUUGUUCUCAAACCUGACGUACGAGCAGAUGAUAAAGAUGACGGAAGAAUAUUUGCAUUCAUAAGCUUAAGGAACGGUACAGUGUGCUACUUCGAAUGAAAUGAUCAAUGGCUGGCUAGCAGAGACUGAAAAAAACCCCUAAAUUUCUGAGGGCCAUUCCACCUGAAAUUCCGGUGAACUAUGCUGCGCAAUUUUGCUUACAGUCGCUCGCUGGCACUCGGACGAUGAUCAGCUGCCCCCCCAGAUUUGCAUCCAAUAGAUGAGCAAACUCCCUUCCACGUUCCCUGUCACCGUACAACCGUAGUUCCCACCGGGGUUGGUUACCCGAUGCUCCCUAAGGCUGCUCGUUCCCGGCCAGCACCACGGGGAGGUAGGGAUAGGCGUUGCUGGCAAAGAGGCUGAGAACCGCGAGAUGGAGUCUAUUUUAUUCCUUCAGGUACGCGAAGUACCAAUGGUACAAUGGUUUUAAUUUAUUAUUAAAUUGUAAAUA